AUGUCAAAUAAAGAUAAUAAAGUUACAGAAGAAAACUCUACAGGACGAUAUUCUUAUUUUUAUAAUAAGAAAAUUAAACAAGCUGAACAAGAUAUUAAAUUUAGAAAACAAUAUGAAACUAUAGGUAAACAAACAUCACAAUUAUUAAAAGGUUUAACAAUUUAUGUUAAUGGUCAUACUAUACCUGGUAGACUACAAAUUCAUGAUAUGGUUGUAUUAAAUGGUGGUAAUUUUUUACAUCAUUUAUCUUCAAAGGGUUCAGCAACUCAUAUUAUCGCAAGCUCUUUACCACCAAAAAAAAGAUUAGAAUUUAAAAAUUAUAAAGUAAUUAAUCCUCAAUGGUUAGUUGAUUGUAUUAAACAACAAAAAAUUGUACCAUGGCAAGAAUAUUCUAUCAUAAAAUCAGAUAUUGAACAACCUUCAAUUUUAAAAAUUUCUUCAUCAUCUGCAAAUAAGACACCACCAAAUUGUAAUGAUCCGAAUUUCUUGAUAGAUUAUUUUAAACAUUCUAGAUUGCAUCAUCUUUCAGAAUGGAAGGCUUCCUUAAGACAAAAAUUUAUUGAAUUAUAUCAAGAUAUUCCACUUUUAACACAUUCAAAUUCAAGUUAUACAAUAUUACAUAUAGAUUUUGAUUGUUUUUUCGCUACCGUUGCAUAUUUAUUUAGAGAUAAGAAAAAAUUCCCUACAUUAGAUUUUGAUAAAGAUCCAAUCGUUGUUUGUCAUGGUGUUAAAAAUUCAGAUAUUGCAAGUUGUAAUUAUGCAGCAAGAAAAUUAGGUAUUAAAAAUGGUAUGUGGGUAGGUACAGCUGAAAAGAUGUUACCUAACGGUAUUAAACUUACAACUCUUCCUUAUGAGUUUGAAAAUAUUGAUAAUGGUUCAAAAGCAUUCUACACUAUCUUACAAAGUAUUGAACAAUUUUAUUAUGUUCUUCCUGUAUCAAUAGAUGAAGCAAUAUGUGUAAUGUCAAAGAAUGCAAUGGAAAAUAAGCAAACGUUGCUACAGUUAUGUAAUGCAGUGAGACAAAGAAUUAAACAUGAAACAUCUGGUUGUAUCGUAAGUAUCGGUGUUAGUGAUUCCCUUGUAUUAGCAAGACUUGCAUUAAAGAUGGCCAAACCUAAUGGAGUAUUCAUGUUUGAUAAUGAUAAUGAAAGCCAAGAUUUAAAUGAUAUGAAUCAAUUUUGGGGUUCUUUUAAAUUGGAUGAUCUACCAGGUGUAGGAAGAUCAACGUUGAAGAAAUUACGUUAUAAAUAUCCAAAGGUAAAGACUUUACAAGAUUUAAGACAAACCUGUCAAGAUAUUAUCUCUUUACAAUCUAUUCUUGGUAAUAAACUCGGUGAAAAAGUGUAUCUUGCACUCAGGGGGGAAGAUGAUGAGGAAUCUGCAAGGAUAAUAUAUGAUCCAAUUAAUAUGUUUCAAAGAAAAUCAAUAUCUAUUGAUAUCAAUUGGGGGAUUAGAUUUAAAGAUAUGGUUGAGAUAGAUAAAUUCCUUGACAUCUGUUCGGAUUAUUUGGUGAAUAAGAAAUUAGCUGAGUAUAAUAAAUUGACCUCAUCAAUCACUUUAAAAUUAAUGAAACGUUGUGUAGAUGCCCCUGUAGACCCACCUAAAUAUAUGGGAAUGGGUAGAUGUGAUCCAUUUACUACUUCUAGUAGAUUAGGUGUGCCUACAAAUGAUGGUGGAAUCAUUGCUACUGAAUUAAAACACAUGUUUAGAACUUUGCCUGUACCACCUGUAGAGUUAAGGGGUAUCUCGAUUCAAUUUAAUAAAUUAGUUGAUCCUGAUGAUCCAAAGAAUUCUAAUGUGAAGAAGGGUCUCUCUCUGUUGUUUCAAAAGGAUCAAGUUACCACAACACCCUCUCCUUCAUCACGUUCGAUUGAGAGCCCGUUACAUAAUGUAGAGUCUAAUGAUCCACAUAGAAAAUAUAAAAGAUUGAAACGGUCUCCAGUGAAGGAACGAGAGGAUCAAUUGGAGUCUAAUCAACGAAAUGCAUUUCAGCAACAAUUUUUUCAAGAAUUACCUACACAGAUUAGAAAGGAUGUUCAACAUGACUUGAAAAUUACUCGAAAGGUAAAUGAUUCUAAAUUGAAGAGAAUGAAAGAAGAAUUACAAAGAAGAGAAAAUGCAAUUCGAAAUAUGAAUUCACAUUUUAUGAAUAGUGAUAGCAUUUUUGUUCCAAUAAAAUUCCAAAAUGAAACAAAUUUCGAAAAGAUAUGUUCAAUGGUCAACGAUUGGGUACGAGAAACGAUUAAGGAAAAGGGACCUCAUGAAAGGGAUCUCCAUUUUUUUAAGAAAUACUUAAACAAGCUUUGCGAUUCUGAUAGAGUGCAUUUUGUUCUCAGGUUAGCAGAUAUGAUUUCUGUCACUUUAAAUUUAAUGGCUCAUAAAUAUGGGAAUGCAGAAGGAUUUACUGAAUGGGAAAUUAUUUUAAUAAAGUUUAUCAUUCCAUUAAUGAAUCGGAAUAGACACACAUUUCGAACCGAAAGAAAAUUGGAUAUUGAAUACGAUAUUUAA